AUGUCACUGUUGAAGGCACUUCGAGGCUUUUGUACGGACCGUCAUUGUCGCGAGGCACGCCUGAGUUUCUCUGCCUCAGUGAGUUUCCUCAACAUCAAAUGUUCAAUAUUCUUACUUCUUUUGGCAAAAUCCAUAACUCCCUCUAUUGCUUGGGGCAUAUGGAGUCACUUCGAGUGGAAUGUGCGUAUUGUUAAUGAACUGAGCAACAACAAGGUGAUGCAUUUACACUGCUUCACUUACAAUCGUGAUCUUGGCCGCUACAAUCUCAAGUCUAAGGCUGAGUUUAAGUUUACUUUCCAGGAAAACAUUUUGGGUGAUUCCACAUAUAAAUGCGAAUUCUCUUGGGAAAAUAAAUUUCGUGGUCGUUUUGACGUGUUUUGGGAGGAUAAGAUUUACGAUAGAAAGCACCAACACAUUCAACUAUCCCAGAAGACUGAUGGCAGCAAUAUUGUUACUUGGCUAGCAAGAGAUGAUGGAAUUUAUUUGAGGGAACAAGAUUGUUAUGUUAGCCUUCCCCACACUCAAGUCCAAUCAAGAAUUCGAGUUUUGUCUACUUGGAAACUUGUGGGGUGCAACAUUAUUUGGUGCAGGAAAUCUCGUGUUUCGUUUGAUAACUUCUGCCUUCUUGGUCAAGUACAGUCAAUAAGCAUGGCGGCAUUAAUCUCAAUAGUCUACCCGCCUAUCGUAUCAUUUGAAUAG